UCAAACCAAGUUGCAUGUGAAUCCCCAUGCAUGUCUGCAUGUGUAUUGUGAUUAUCCGGCAUAGAAUGAUAGAUUAUUAAAGAUAGGUGGCUUCAUCAAGGAAACAUUCAUGAUUCAUGUAUGCAUGUUCUUCGAAAGGAACCAAAAGAGGUGAAAAGUGGAAAACUCGUGAAGGAUAGACGACGUAGAUUAUCUAACCUCUGUUUGAUGGCUGUAAGCUGUGGUGACAGGCAAACAAGAUGGCUACUGUUGUCACUGCUGUGCAUUUACCGAGAAAAUAUUUCCGGGCCCAAGUGAGGAAAGAGAAACGAAAGAAGAAAAGGCAAGCAGCUGCUCAGCUUCGGGAUGCUCAGAGAACAGCCAAUGAGAGUGAAGAUGAUGAUAAUCAAGACGUAGAGGAGAUUGAAGUGGAAACAGAACAAGGACAAGGUGAACAGGAUGAAGAGAGAACCAGCCUUCAAGCCAAGGCUGCAUGGUUGGAGAGGGAGAGUUUAGCGCAGGCCGAGUUUGAGAAACAACGGAAGAUUGCUGAGGCUAUUAAACAGAAGGAGAUGGAAGAACGGAAACUUAUCCAAAAAGAAUGGGAGGAGCAACAGAAAAAGGAAAAUGAAGAGAAGGAGAAGAAGGAUCAAGAGCUAGAGAGUGUGCUUCAGCAGCUGGACCACGAACUGGGAAACAAGAAGGAGUCUUCCAAAGGAUCUAAAGAAUGGCGUAAUCCAGAGGCCCCUGCUUCCAGUCAGCCGGCCUCGAACCAACCUGGACGAGCAGAGAAGAAAGAAGAGAUAUGCUCGUUCUUCUUGAAGACCGGUGCGUGCAGAUUCAAGGAGAGAUGUUCGCGGACACACCCCUAUCCGGAGCAAGGCACCACCCUCAUGAUACCCGGGAUGUAUACAAACUUUGGUCUCGGUCCCGACUUCAAGGAUGAGUACGAUGCCGACGUUGGUUUGGAAUGUGAUGAGGAGUCGGCCUACCUAAACUUUCAUGAGUUCUACGAGGAUGUCCUACCCGAGUUCAGGGAGUAUGGAGAGGUUGUGCAGUUGAAGGUAUGUCGUAACUGGGAGCCCCAUCUUCGAGGGAAUGUGUAUGUCCAGUAUCGUAGUGAGGAGGAGGCUGCUAAGGCCGCUCAGGUCUUCGCUGGGCGUUUCUACGGCGGGAAGCAGCUUGAUCCACGAUACUGCCCUGUCAGCAGAUGGAAACCAGCAAUAUGCGGUCUCUUCCAUCGGGACAAGUGUCCCAGGGGAAAGCACUGUAACUUCCUUCACGUGUUCCACAAUCCUAGAGGUGAAUUCUCGGAUGCCGAUCAAGACCGUCCUCCCAGAACACCACGUCAUUGCCAUGACGACCAGAGGAGGAGGAGAGAUCGGCAGGCCAGGGAGUUCAGGCAACGCUCCAGAAGUAGAAGUAGGAGUAGGUUGGAUUACAGACGCUCAAGAAGACGCUCGCGAAGCAGGAGUAGGGAAAGAAGCAGCAGGCGUUUCUCACAAAGGCGCAGCAGAAGCAGGGAGAGGGUUAACAGGAGAAGUCGAAGUAGGGAUAGAAGUAACAGGAGUAGAAGCAGAGAGAGGACAAGGAGAAGGAGUAGCAGCCUGGACAGGAAUAGCAGAAGAAUGAGGGACCAGAGACGAGAUCGUAGCAGAAGCAGCAGCGGAGAGGAUAGUGACGGAAGAAGUAGAAGUGGAAGUAGAGAGAGGCAGUUGCCUGAUAGUAGCUCAAGAAAAACCAAAGAUAGGAAGUAUGAUCACACUAGAAGCAGAAGUAGAAGUAGGGAGAGAAAAAGGAAGAGGAGAAGCUCUAGUUUAGAGGAUAAUGACGUCAGGUCAAAGGUUAAGAAAGAAAGGAGGAGUCGAAGUAGGAGUAGGGAGAGGACAACUGAUAGAGGUAGGAGUAGAAUUAAGGAGAGAGGAAAGAAGCAAAGAAGCUCCAGUGUUGAGCAGGACAGUGGUGAAUCUGAAAGUCAUUCGGGUAGUGAUCGUGAGCCUAGCCAACCCAAACUGAGCAAACCUCUGAAUUCGAAUGGCUUAGGAAAGGUAGAAGGUUCUCCUCGACAAGAUCUCAAAGAUGACGGAUUGAUUGAGAGUCAAUCUUUCAAAGAUGAGGAAAAGUACGAUGUAUCAAACGAUAAGUCUUUGCCUACUGACGGUAAACUGACAUCAGCAGGCCAUAGGAAAAAGAAGGCCAAAUCAAAGAACAAAUCAAGGCACAAACGACACUCGUCAUCAGAGCGGAAGAAAAAGAGGAGAAGGCAUCAGAAAAGCGAAAGUUCAAAUUCAAGCUCUGUCGAGGAAGGAGAGAAAGAAGAUUUGACAUUGAAAGAAAAGGAAAUGAGAGAAAGAAUACAGAAGAGACAUCAAUCAGUGGUGAACCCUAAGGCUUGUGACAUUGAGACUGGAGAAGGUCAGAGUAAUGACUCGUCAGAUGAUGAAGCCUUGAGACUUGCAGCUAUGAGAACAAUGGGACAAAAGAAAUUAAACAGGUGACCUUGAGUAAGCUGACCUUCAGUUAUGAGAACAAUGGGUCAUAGUAAAUUAAACUGGCGACCUUGGGUGAGCUGACCUUCAGUUAUGAGAACAAUGGGUCAUCAUAAAUUAAACAGGUGACCUUGAGUGAGCUGACCUUCAGUUAUGAGACCAAUGGGUCAUAGUAAAUUCAACAGGUGACCUUGAUUAAGCUGACCUUCAUCUAUUAAAGAGAACAGUAGGACAAAAGAAAUUAAACAGGUGACCUUUAGUUACAUGACUAUCAACUGUGAGAAAUAUUUGUCAAAGGAAAUGAAACUUGUGACCUUGCAUUUUUUUGCAAGGUCCCCUCCCAUUUGCCCUGUAUAAUAAAAACUUCAAAGAUUUAUAUUUUCUGUUAAGAAAAUUUUCGAUCAUACUUUCACCCCAAAUAAAAUUAUUGCAAAAAAGUUUUGAUACAACCCCUGUAUGAAACAAGUCUAUUCUGUCAUCACCAACUGACAAUGAAAGUUUAUGAAAAAUUCUAUACAGAGUAAAUUAAAAAGGAGCUCGCGAGAUACGUCACAGAUUGCAAUUUUUUUUCCCCCCUGAUGACAAC